AUGACCGGAGGAAAGUCUGGAGGCAAGGCCAGCGGCAGCAAGAACGCCCAAUCCCGCUCGUCCAAGGCCGGUCUUGCAUUCCCUGUUGGUCGUGUUCACCGUCUUCUCCGCAAGGGCAACUACGCUCAGCGUGUCGGUGCUGGUGCCCCUGUUUACCUUGCCGCCGUUCUUGAAUAUCUCGCCGCCGAAAUCCUUGAAUUGGCAGGCAACGCUGCCCGUGACAACAAGAAGACCCGUAUUAUUCCCCGCCAUCUCCAGCUUGCCAUCAGAAACGAUGAGGAGUUGAACAAGCUUCUGGGCCACGUCACCAUUGCUCAGGGUGGUGUCCUCCCCAACAUUCACCAGAGUAUGUUUCAAGUUCUCGAUCUAAGUUGACUGACAUAGUGCUAACACGAUUUAGACCUUUUGCCCAAGAAGACCCCUAAGAGUGGCAAGGGCUCGGGUAGCCAGGAGCUGUGAACAAUUUUUCUUUGGUUUGGGUUUUCUGAUUCGGCGUGGAUUGGUUCUCUUAUUGAUGUGAUAACGGG